AUGGAUUUGGAUCACUAUAACUACCUUAAAAAGAGAGAUAUAAAAUUUGAUUUAAUUAUACCUGAGGAAAUGCUUCUAAGAUUGGAAAUGCUUAUACAUUGGAUCUUUUAGGUUUGAUAUUUUUUCUAAUAAAAGGUUGGUGAGUAAAAUAAUUUGGAAAUAAAAACAAUUGAAUUAGCUGCCAUCCUAAGUAAAUUAUUUGUUUCAAAAUACCAAAUCGAUUGUGACAGAGCAGAUUUGUUAGGAAUAGCUUCAUUAAUGAUUGCAGUAAAGGUAAGCAUAUAUAUAUAUUUUAUUAGUUCAAUGAAUGUUAAACCAAAAUCCAAAUGAAUAUAUAAGACUGCGUCGACUAAUGUUAAUCUAAAUAUAGUUCUAGAGAAAUAAUAGAUAUGGAAAUCAGUAUUCUAUCUCUUAUUGAAUAUGACGCAAAUAUAACUACUAUAACUGAUUAUUUUGAGGGUGAAGCCAUAUAAACUGACUUAGUUUUGUUUGUAACUCUUGAUUCUGAAUUUCUAUACUUUCAAAAAUAUGAAUUGUUUGAGGCAAUUAGAAAUUUUUACUCAAAAGAUACAUCAAACUUAUCUGAAAAUACAAAAAAUGUAUUUAAAUGAAUUAGUCUUAGAUAAUCAGCAAAAUUAGUACUAAAAUUUAACAUUUGACUACAAAAGAUGAAAAAAACACUCCAAAAAUAAAAAAGAAAAUGAUAAACAAAAAGGGAUUCAAAAGAUCAAGAAUAUGUAGUUCAUAAAGCCUAACACUAUGA